AUGGCGGUGGACAAGAGCAAAGCGGCGUUUGGGCUGCUGCACAAGCCCAUGCUGGCGCUGGUGCUGAUUGCUGACGUGUGGAUUGUGUUUUUCCCGUCGCCGGAGCUUGGCAAGUAUGUGAUGCCGGUCCUGCAGGCUGCCGUCUUUUGGGCACAGAACAUGGUUUGCCUGGUCACUGGCGACAAGCCCAUGACCCCAGAGACCUUUGAAGGCGAGUUCCCCGUCGCCACCGUUAUCCCACUGAGCCUUGCCAUGGUUUUGGGCUUCUUCCUAGCCGAACGCAUUGUCGAGUUUGUGAGUAAGCGGUUUGCCGAGCCCACAGACGCACCAAAGUUUGCAGAGUGCUUUGUACGUUGUAGCUACUACACCAUCAUGUUCUUCGUCGCCCUCUACGUCAUUAGCACUGAGGACUACUGGCCAAACACCCGCAACUGCUGGGUCAAAUCCCAGGCCACAGGCGAGCACCGACAGCCCAAGCCGAUGAUCCUGCAAGUGAACUACAUCGUGGAGCUGUCCUACUACAUUUCUGGCAUUGUGCUGCACACACUCGUUGAUGAGAAGCUGACCGACUUUUGGAUCAUGCUCCUUCACCACGUGGUCACCGUCUGCCUGCUCGCCUUUAGCUACUUCCACAACUUCCACCGCAUCGGCAUGCUUGUGUUGAUGGUGCACGAUGUGAGCGACAUCUUCCUCGACUCGGGGAAGUGCUUCCACUUUCUUAAAUGGGAAUCGUUUGCCACCGUGACGUUCGUUGGCCUCAUCACAUCGUGGGCCAUGUACCGCCUCUACCUCUAUCCAACAAAGCUGCUGUACUCUGCUGCUUUUGAAGGAUACGAGGUCACGUUUGUUGACGAGGGACACGAGCCCUUCACCAUGUUCUAUCUCCUCAACAUUUGGCUCAACAUCCUCCAGGUGUUGCACGUGUACUGGUUCUAUCUGAUCUUGAAGGUCGCAUACAAGCACUUGAUGGAGGGCGAGCUGCGGGAUGUGCGGAUGGAGAAGGACGCAAAGAAGGCCCAAUGA